AGACUGGUUUGUCACAUAGGAAUUCACUCGAAACUCCUCCAAGUUUUAAUCGAACAUUACAACGAAAUAAACGAAACGAGCAAAAGUAAAUUUCCCUUUUUUUUUAAUUUCGUGAGUUUAAACGAGCGAAGAGCAAAAGGAGUUUUUAGUAAAAAACCUCUUUAAUAAAAAGUGGAUCGAUUUCGGCGAGAUAAUUUGAUCUUGUCUUAUCGUUUCAGUGUCGACUCAAAAACCAGAAAACAAUUUUAUUUAUCAUGGCCGUCAACGUUCACUCCACAAAUGUGACGACUGAGAAUCUUUCGCGGCACGAAAUGCUUGCAUGGGUUAACAAUAGCCUAAAGUCGGACUUCUCCAAAGUCGAGGAGCUUUGCACUGGUGCAGCAUACUGCCAAUUCAUGGACAUGCUGUUUCCAAAUUCUGUGCCCCUAAAGCGUGUCAAAUUCCGUACAAAUCUGGAGCACGAGUACUUGCAGAACUUCAAGAUAUUGCAGGCGGGCUUUACAAAGAUGUCUGUAGAUAAGAUUAUACCUAUUGAUAAACUAGUCAAAGGACGUUUCCAAGACAAUUUGGAAUUUUUACAGUGGUUUAAAAAAUUCUUUGAUGCCAACUACAAUGGCAGGGAUUAUGAUCCAAUUGCGGCCCGUGAAGGUACCGUUGGAGCCAGCAGCUACCGGCGAGUUCCUUUGACAUCUGGGCGCCCGGCAGGGACAUCUGUAGUGAAGCCCUUAGAUGCCAGGGUGGUUUCACGCACUAUUGACGCCGAAGUCACGGACACGGAACCAGAUCAGCCCCUAGAAGGAAUGGUCCAGUCAGGUGGCAAUGAUGCAACUGAGCAGUUGAUAGAAGUGAUGAAGGAGCGCGACUUUUACUUCUCCAAAUUGCGCGACAUUGAGCUUCUUUGCCAAGAAUCUGAGGAGACCAACCCGAUGCCGAUUAUACAGGAAAUUUUAGGUGUCCUGUAUAAGCCUGCUGACGGAUUUUCCCCUCCACGCGGUACAACACCAGAGCAGGAUGAGCAUUAAAUAUGACUUCAGGAAUAAACCACAAACUAAUUUGCCGUAUACCCUUACUCAAAGCCCAAGGUGUUGACAUCUGCUGUUGUUAUAAAACCAAUGUUUGCUUGCUUAUACACUACAUUUGACUUAAAACAAUAUUACACUGCUG